AUGAACCGUUCCGAGGGCGCUUCUGAAGCGCCCUCUGCAGCCUCGCCUAGUCACUCACAAGACUCUUCCACGGCAGGACAUGCUCUUACAAGCAGAUCCGACGACAGAUUAUCGCUGCCUACUCCUACACGUCCAACAACGCCGCUUCAAGAGCUUCCCCUUGUCUUCGCUGUGGAAGUCUCUAGUACGAGCGAGAGGGUCUUUCAGCAAGAAAAUAACGCAGUCUCAUAUAUGACCUCGAAGCUUGAGCCCAAGGAGCUAGCACACCAGUCUUACAUCUUACCUUGGGAUCGUCAAGCUCACGACCCAGUACCUGCACAUCUGAUUGAGAGCCUCCAACAUAGCGUUGGAUCAAAUCCAUCAACCAUUUUCGAAAAUUGUAUUAGUCGAAGCUGCCUUGAACAGUCAAAGAUCUGGUUCCUCAUGACGGAUGGUGUAAUUGAAGAGGAGCGUGCCAAUGCCUUUACGAAUAACAUUGCCAAAGCGGGAUUACACGGCACUCCAUCUGUUAUAAUUGUCUUUGGAAACAGGUCUCGCCCUCCUUCUCGAAGCAAGCUCUCAAUUGGUAUGUCUGUCUGUGCACCUUCACCACACUGUGCGGUUCUUUUUCACGACGUAUGGAGCGGCGAGCUAUUCAUCGUUCAAGCCAAAGGAUGUUUCGCUAGUCUGCUUCCCAGGGGGUCUUACUUCAAGUGGUUUAGUGGAACAAAAUGGACCGAAUUUCCCCAGACUUCCUACGAUAGGCUGCUGGGGGUUCGAGUUCCCGAGCCAAUUCGACUCUCCAAAGAUGCAGUGGCCCUGCCUUACUGCAAGGUAUUUGAUAUGAAGUCAAUCUACAACGACUCCAUGUCCGACCAGGAUAAACUUCAACUGGUGUCAAACAACUCUGCCCUCGAUGCGAUGAUGGUAGUUGCCAAAACAAGAGGAGAGGGGUUCCUGGUGAAGCUGUGGAUUGAGAGCCUUCGCAGAACAACGAUAGGAAAGCGCUUGACCAUAGAGAGAGAUGAUGUCGACUCCCGAGGAAAAGUAGUCAUGACAUUCCUACUGAUGGCGGCCGAGCAAGAGUUGAAAGCACAAAAUACUCGCCACAAAGACAUUUGGUCUUGUUUGACAUCUGUCGCGUCUACUCGUUGGUCUAGAUGCAUGCAAAUGCAUAUACCAAGCCACCUGGACUUUAAUCGCUCGUCAGUCCGACAUCAGAACAAGAAGAAUUGGGCCAACUUCGAAGCCAAGGUGGAGAUGGAACGGGCGGCAUUUAGGCGUGUCACCAAAGGUAUACAAGAGGUCCAGUCAGCGAUGGGGAUACUCGAUAGCCCUUUGCCAAGUGGUCCAAGUUUCGCCCAGGCUGAUACCUUUUGGUACCCCGCUAGUGGAAUAAAGACUGGGAGAGACAAUGAGAAGCUUUCAGCAUCUGUUCAACAAACCAAGUUGGACAGAGAAGAUGUCAACAACUCACUAUUUCUCUCUGGCUUCAAGGGCACCCGAAAGCUUGAAAAAGCUGCACGGUCAAGGGCAUACGCCACCUGUCCGGUAUGUCGAGAGCCCAAUUCGAUCCAAACAUUGCUACUACGAACGAGCCCAAAGGACAACAAAACUCCACACCUUCCAUUGCCUAACCAAAGGCUGGAACUGAAGUGUCCCUUAGCGGUGGGAAAUUGCCCAGAGGUCGAUAUCAUUGCUCCAAUUACAUGCUGCGAUGGUUGCGCAUUCCUCCUCAUGAGAGUUGACAAGCGACUCAACCCUCUGCCAAUCAGCCAUCAGAUCGUCGCGGCACUGCCACUUGUAUCGCUUCAAGACAAACAGAAUCGAAGGCUGUGGAGGCAGAAACUCGCAGAGGUCUACAGACACCGCUUCCACGAUAGUACUGUCUUGUCUGUCUUCCUCGCUACCAUCUGCACCAGAAUUGAAAAUGUCCCCAGUCUGGCACACUCAAAAUGUCUCAAGCGGUGCAGAGACGAACUCUCCCGUCUCCCAGGGAUCCAUGUACCGAAAAGCGCCAGUCCAAAGCUCGUCACUAGUCUUCCAUCGUCAGUCGAUAAUGUGGUUCCGCCGCAACAGGUCGCCUUCUUUGCAUGCCUAGGAAACAAAUUCUAUCGAAAGGCAGUUCUAUCGCACCCGGUUGAGGGGUUUGUUGUUCUCGUUCAGCUAGCGGCAUCGAUGAAUGUUGUUAAACCAGAGUCUAUCCGGAACCUGGUUUGGAAGCGACUUCUAUGUCAUUUCAUAGAACAAGAUUUGCGUUUGCGAACUAGUUUUGGGACAGAGUACGCCCAUGCGAUGUUGCGAGAGAUCAUGCAAGAAUCUCGAUCUUCUAGCCAAGAGGGUCAUGGCAAAUUUGUUAUAGCUCUUCCGAAGCAACGCACAUCUAUAUCACUGACUUCGCUGGCCAAUACCUACCUUAUUCCGCCAGGAUCGAGCGCCAUAUCGCACUUCUUUCGCAUAGCCCGCUUCGGGGAAGUAUAUAGUACAACCGAGUACAAUGCAGUGCUAGCUAUGUUUUUACAUAUGUUGGCCAGCAUCAAAUAUCAUAGCGAGGAGGCAACGGAUAUUUUGGAAGAGAUGCAGGGCGUGGCAAAUAAACUUCGCCACGUCGGAGAGGACAUGAGGAGCGUUUUUGAGGAUCCAACGUCUGUUGACGAGCCUGGAGCUGCUUAUGUUAUUGCUCAUUUAGAGUCUUGGUUGAAGGACAUUGUGUUAAGGAACUAA